CUGAGAUUUUUCCAGCCCCGCUCCUUCUAUUGAUAUAGAGGACUCCGGUUGCCGAUUCGUGACCCCGCUUCUGAAACCCUUUUCUCACCUACAUAGAGAAUUGGUGAAUAGAACUCCGGUUGUAGGCCAAUUUGCGACCCCGCUCCUGAUACCCUUUCCUCACUUAGGGAAUCGGUGAAUAGGACCACGGUUCCCGGUCGACUUUCCCUGUUGAUACAGUCUUCCCUCCUGUCUCCGCCGCAGAAGUAUUUGCUCGAUGUCUAAAUCGAGGCUUCCCGCGCUACACUUCGCUGUUUGUUCACCACAGAGGUACCCACUACUGCUGUUGCAGCAGUGGUAACGUGUGUGUAUAAUGAACUCUCAGCCCCUUGGUGUAGAUGACCAAGUAGUGCGCUCACUUUCGUUUCCGCUGACCGUUGAUGAUCUCCCAAAUCUCCGAAUCCAGAUUUCCGCUCGAACUCUACAGACGGAUGUUGUAGUCCACAGCAAUAGGAUGUCUUGACCUCCGUCGUGACGUCCGCAGCUCCUAGUGUUCGCGUAAAGCGAGGCUCAUAACCUGACAGAAUGUGGCGUCCUGCAGCAGCGGAGGUGGCGGUGCUGCUGUAGCUCGUAGACUUUGUAGUCUACAACAGAGGUUACACUGCUGUCACCGCUCUAUCACAGAGAGAGGUUGGUCUACACUGCUGUGAGAUCGGUAGGCCCGAGCGAGCUUUGGAAAGAGAAAUGUAAAUAGAUGUGGUUAUCAACUGACUCCCUGGUCAGGCUUUGAUGGGUGCUAGAUGAGAGUGAGCACAAGGGGCGAAGGCGCGCUUGUGUCUCAUCUCAACAACAAAAC